UUGCUAAGGGAAGUGACGACACCGACGUACAACAGAUUGCUGAACGACGAGAAGUCGCAUAUUAACUAUGUGGAAAAAGCCAGACGCAGAGACAGUGGUAAAAGAACAUAGCAAAAAAAUACAAGGGCAACGUCUUCAAAAUCCAUCUUCAUCUUCGGGAAAAGCAAUUCGGGAUGAUAUUGAAAAUAGCAAGAGCAUAAACUACACACGUUAACCUUCAAAACAAACCCAGUAUUAUGAUUUUAUGACAUUAGGAUUGUUUUAAAAAGAGAGGUGAAAGAUAGUUUGUUGGAUUGUAGCUAGGGACAGUGUUACUAUAUCCGGAUAGAUAGACUACGGGAAGCAGAAAGAAGAGAGAGAAAAAUAAACCGUUUCUGGAAAUAAUUUUGCCUUUAAAAAAUAUAUUUGGACUAAAACUUUUUGGGACUUUUGCCUGAAACAUUUUUUUUGUGGAUUUUGAGCUAGCUUGCUAGCUGUAAAUUGUCAAUCAUGGAAUUGAGAGUGGGAAACCGAUACAGACUGGGCAGAAAAAUUGGAAGUGGUUCGUUUGGAGAUAUUUAUUUGGGUACUGAUAUCUCGGUAGGAGAGGAGGUGGCCAUCAAGCUAGAGUGUGUGAAGACCAAGCACCCGCAGCUCCACAUCGAGAGCAAGAUCUACAAGAUGAUGCAGGGAGGAGUGGGUAUCCCAACGAUAAAGUGGUGUGGGGCGGAGGGCGACUACAACGUGAUGGUGAUGGAGCUGUUAGGACCCAGUCUGGAAGACCUGUUCAACUUCUGCUCCCGCAAGUUCUCCCUCAAGACUGUCCUGCUGCUGGCUGACCAGAUGAUCAGCCGUAUAGAGUACAUCCACUCUAAGAACUUCAUCCACAGAGACGUGAAGCCAGACAACUUCCUGAUGGGCCUGGGCAAGAAGGGCAACCUGGUGUACAUCAUCGACUUUGGCCUGGCCAAGAAGUACCGCGACGCCCGCACACACCAGCACAUCCCCUACCGCGAGAACAAGAACCUGACCGGCACCGCGCGCUACGCAUCCAUCAACACACACCUGGGAAUCGAGCAGUCUCGUCGUGAUGACCUGGAGUCUCUUGGCUAUGUCCUGAUGUACUUCAACCUGGGCAGUCUGCCCUGGCAGGGCCUGAAGGCUGCCACCAAGAGACAGAAGUACGAACGCAUCAGUGAGAAAAAGAUGUCUACCCCCAUCGAGGUCCUCUGUAAAGGAUAUCCAUCGGAGUUUGCCACGUACCUGAACUUCUGCCGUUCUCUGCGGUUCGAUGACAAGCCCGACUACUCGUACCUCAGACAGCUGUUCAGGAACCUGUUCCACAGACAGGGCUUCUCCUACGACUACGUCUUCGACUGGAACAUGCUCAAGUUUGGUGCCAACAGGGCAGCGGAGGAUGCAGAGAGGGAGAGGAGAGCUGGUGAGGACAGACUGAGACAGGGACAGGCCAGGGCCCCUGCAGGGGCCAGGGGGAUCCCCUCCGCCUCCGGACGACCCAGAGGAGCACAGGACGCAGCCGCACCCGCACCCCUCACACCCACCUCACACACAGGUAUGGAGCGAGAGAGGAAGGUCAGCAUGCGUCUUCACCGUGGAGCUCCUGUCAACAUCUCCUCCUCAGACCUGACUGGACGACAGGACUCACGCAUGUCCACCUCACAGGCUCUCUCUCGUGUCACCCCCAGUGGCCUCCAGUCAGCAGCCCCUCGAUGAGUCCCUCUGCCCCCAUCACCACCACCAUCACCACCCUGGAGGGUUAAACCAUGCACGGCCCUAACCAUACCACACACCAACACACACACCAUACCACACACCAACACACACUUCAAUACCUGGAGGACGCUUACUGAAACAACCAGUCAACCCAUCAGAUGCCUGGACUCUUACACAAUCAACCAAUCAAAAGGCAGGACAAGGACCUCGUCAUCCGCUAGCAACUCCAUCCAUCCAACCAGCCAAUCAAAACACACAGACUGAUGCUCUGCCUCUUUGACAUCAACUGAUCUCUGCUAAGUAACAAGCUCAUGCUGUUGUAACAGGGUGGAUGACACACACACUCUCUCUCACACACACACACACACACACUCUCUCUCUCACACACACACACACACACACACACACACACACACACACACACGACUCAGAGAGCGUUCAGCCGUGCUCAUCGGGGAUGUAAGAGGAGGAGAUGACACGGGGAUGGAGGAGGAGAAACAAGAGAGGGGGGAAGGAGGGAUUUUGUUGCCCCUGGCACACCCAGAACAGUCACUGCCCCCCCACCCCUCUGCUUUCGUGAACCCCAGCGAGGACACUGACAUGGGGCACACAGACCUGCUUAACGCCCCUUACACACCUCAUCCUCCAUCACUUCUCUCCCUCUCUCCUACUCCAUCACUUCUCUCUCCUACUCCAUCACUUCUCUCUCCUCCUCCAUCACUUCUCUCUCCUCCUCCAUCACUUCUCUCUCCUCCUCCAUCACUUCUCUCUCCUCCUCCAUCACUUCUCUCUCCUCCUCCAUCACUUCUCUCUCCUCCUCCAUCACUUCUCUCUCCUACUCCAUCACUUCUCUCUCCUACUCCAUCACUUCUGCUGGACCAGAUGCUCCUCCCAGCCAGACAGUUCUCCUCCAGAGUUGCUGUCCUGAU